AUGCGUGUUCCGUCGGUUCUGGUUAUAUUCCUACUGGGAGUGAUCCUAGUUGAUCGUUACGCGGCUGGAGAAGAUCUGCCGGACAAAUCGUGGAUAUCCCAGCUGAAGAAGCUACGCAGUGAUCUUCGAGACUGCUAUCAAUCUGGAAUACACCAAAGCCUGUGGUCCUGCUUCCGCUCAAGAAGCUUGCAGAUCUUCGAGGGCAUCAUGUCGUCCCCAGAGAUUUCCAUUUACGAUGGAGUGCGCCUGGUGGCUGCUCCGAACAGUACCGAAAACGCCAAACGACCUGACGAUGAGCGAAAGGAUUUGAAGCACUUAACCUGGUUCGAUCAAUUGGCAGUGAGCUUGGCAAAGGGCUUAACCACACACACCUUGCAAGUGAACUUGGGAAAACUGACGGAGAGAUAUCUAAGUAGUGAUACUUCUAGCCCCGAUCCUGUGGGAAGUGCCCGGUUGAGAAGACAUCGUUACAACAUGAUCAUAACCAUGAUGUUUGGAGUGACUGCUUUGGGGGCCAUCUUAGUGCCCAUGGGCUUCCAAAUGCUUUCCAUAGUCAGUGGAAAAGCUCUAUUACUGGCCAAGAUGGCUCUGCUCUUGGCCUCUAUUAAUGGCUUAAAAAGGGUGGCCAAUAAUGGAUUGCACUAUGGACUGUACCACGUACCGGGAGAACAUCUGGGAGGCUAUUACGAUCGAGGGGAUGUGAGUCACCCCAGAAAUGUGCCUAUUCCUGUAGCUGUUGCCCCCACUUUGGAUAUGGGAUUGAAGUAGGAAUUUUUAACAUACAUAAA